AUGAGAGCUAUUGAGGUCAAAGGCGGCACUGGCCCAGCCUCGGCGUUGUUCAUCAACGACGCAACUCCCAAACCAGAGAUCAAGCCAACAGAAUGUCUCGUCAAAGUCAAAGCCUUCGGUCUCAACCGCGCGGACACCGUUCAGCGAGAAGGCAAAUAUCCUCCGCCACGCGGAGCUAGCAAGAUCCUUGGACUCGAGUUCUCGGGAACGGUCGAGGAAGUCGGCAGCGAUGAUGCUGGUGGCAAGGGGUAUGAGAAGGGCGAUGAGGUGUUUGGUCUGACCUACGGUGGAGCAUACGCUGAGUAUGUGGCGGUGAGCAAGAAGAUGCUGGUGCGCAAGCCCAAGGAGUUGAGCUGGGAGGAGUGUGCGGCUAUUCCUGAGGUAUGGAUGACUGCUCUCCAAGCAUUGCACCUUGUAGGAGAAUGGUCGCCUCGAAUCAAGAGCGUCCUCUGGCACGCAGGCGCUUCGUCAGUCAGCAUCGCCGGCAUCCAACUCUGCCGGGCUCUUGACCCAACCCCCAAAAUCUACGCCACAACAAGACAAGACGCCAAAUGCGACUUCGUAGUCAACAAGAUCGGCGCUACAGCGGCAGUCAACUCAACAAAAUCCUACCCAAAAGCAGACGGCACCGAAGGCGGCUCCUGGGCCGACGAACUCCGCCGCCUGAACAACAACGAAGGCGUCGACCUGAUCAUCGACUUCAUCGGAGCAGCCUACUUCGCCGACAACCUCUCCCUCGUGGCCAGAGACGGCCGCGUCGUCCUCCUCGGCGCUCUAGGCGGAGUCACACUCCCCGAGAAAACCGACAUCAGCGCGUUCCUGUUCAAAAGAGCAACAUUCGUCGGCUCGACCUUGCGGAGUCGGGAUUUGGAGUAUCAAGCCAAGUUGAGGGAUUUUUUUUGUGAGAAGGUGAAGCCGAGGCUGGUGAGUGGGGAGUAUAAGGCGCAUAUUGAGAAGGUGUUGAGUUGGAGGGAGAUUGGGGAGGCGCAUUUGAUGUUGGAGGAGAAUCGGACGACGGGGAAGAUUGUUUGUCUUGUUGAUUAG